AUGGAACUGAUGCAGCUGAAGCAAGGUUCCUUAUCUGUGGCAGACUAUACCAGAAAGUUUGAGGAACUCUGUAGGUUUUCUAGGGUAUGUCAGGGUGUCCCGGAGACUUAUCAGAGUUGGAAGUGUAUCAAAUACCAAAGGGAGUUGAAGGACAUUAUGACUACUGUUGCUCCUAUGGAGAUCCGUGUCAUCUCCGACUUAGUGAACAAAGCAAGGGUGGUGGAGGAGUAUGCCAAGACCGUGGCAGCAUCCAAGGACACUCAUGGAGGGAGCUCUAGUCGGGGGCGUGGCAAGUAUUUUCAUCCGAGAGGACAAAACUUUAAGAGAGGAGGAUAUGUGCCUCAAGGACAAGGAGGCUUCAGAAGGAACACCCAUGAUCAGUUUCAGCGUGGCAAAGGGAGAGGAAAUCAGAGUAAGAGUUCUCCAAAUUUAGCUUGUGAUCGUUGUGGACGUUUUCAUCCAUAUAACUCUUGCAAAAUUGGUAUAGGUGGGUGCUUUAACUGUGGCUUGCCUGGUCAUUUUUCGAGUGAUUGCACACGUGGGAAGAACCCAGGCGCGGGUCAGAGUCAGCACCAGGGGCGAGUUUUUGCUGUGAAUGCCAAGGAUGCUUCUAAGGAGGAUCCAUUGAUGAGAGGUAUAUGUCUAAUUGGUGAUAAAUCCUUAGUUGCAUUAUAUGAUACUGGAGCUUCGCAUUCGUUAUUUCGUUUGCUAAAGUUGAGGAAUUAA